CAUCCUUAAUUCGCGUAAUUUGAGUUUUAAAAUCCCUUAAAAAGGUACGCUAUCAAUCUCACACCCUUAAACCUAAGUUAAUCUCGCAUCCUUCAACACCGCCUUCCUCGGCCACCAUCGCACCAGCCACUAGCACUGCCAUCUACCAUCGGCUCCCUAUUUAACCUUGAAUCAACCUUGACCUAAACAUUAUCCUCAAAUCCGGUGACCUAAACAUCAUCCAGUUUCUUCCUGUGUGGACAAUAUCCAUCAUCACCAGUAGCACCCCUGCCGACGACCUUCACGAUUUCAGGGGUUUGUAGAGAGAGGGUUACAAAUCGGGGGUUUAGGAAGGUGAUAAUUAUUCUUCAUAAAUGAAAUAUGUAAAGUUAUGCUACUCUACUACUGGUAAUUCCGUAAUGGUGAAAUGAUUGAAUAAAGCGGGUCAAUGGUGAAGAUGAUGGCUAAAAACCGGCUCAGAAUGCUCUCCGCUUAUUUGGGUCAAAAGAAUAUCUUUAGGAGUCGGGUUUGAAACACUAUGCUAAGCUUCGAUCCCCAGCACUCUUCACUCUUCAGUUGUGUCAAUUAUGUCUCCCCUACAAUACGAACUAUGCCAAACUCAUCAUCUUCUUUUUCCUCUUUUCCGGAGUUUUGUACGUAUUUCUGUCAAUGGUUGUGGUUCUCCAAGAUCUACAUAUUCAGUUAUAAAAUCCAUAAAGAAAGUAUUUCAAGAAGCUUUUUACCAGGUGGUAGAGUUAGGGCUCCAAGUAAAAUACCAAAAAUCAACGACAGUGAACUUGAUGAAAGAACUAUAGAUUCAAGAGAAAUGCUGUUAGAAACAGCUUUGUCAUUUGCAGCCUUCAUCAUUGAUCGGAGGAGAAUAGAUUUUGAAACAAAAAAAGAAGCAGGAAAACAAUCACCACCAUUGUUGUGCGCCGUCAUCAUCACUCGCUGCCACUACCACUGGCCACCUUUGAACAACCACCACCACCCAAGACGUAUCCGUUCACCUCCGCCGCACCUAUGGUUUGCCUUCUCCACCUCCCCGAUCGAUCUUCAAAAUCAUCACCGAAUUCCCCUUUGUUCUUGA